CCAUUACAUCGAGCGAUUUACUUUAACGGCAACUCUAACCAACUGUUCGAAUUGCUCAAUACAUUUGUUUCAAAGAUACAAAAGGUAGGUCAUUGCCAUAGCUUCAGAAAUGCAGAGUACAGUUAAAGAAGAGGAUUGGAUUAAUAGAGCCACAAACGAAGAGUUGCUUAAAGCUAUAACAGAAAUACAAAGCCAUAUUCCUGAAGAAUCAUUGGAAAAUGAGUGUUACAAGAGCUUUCUAGGCAAACUAGAUAUUGAAACAGAGUUUGUAAAAUAUAUGUAAAUAAUGUUUAUCACUGCAAAUCAUCAGGAAAGUUAUGCCAUCUCUGAGUAGGAGGGCAUCAUUGGUGAGAAAGCGUUCAAAGAGUAGGAGUUCUGCUAUAGAUAGGUUUGUCACGUUGACAAAUGAACAGAAAUGUCUUAUACUACAAGCACAAUAUGAAGACCUCAAAAACGAAAGCGAGCAGACACGAAUAAGCUUUGAAGAAGCAUUGGAUCUACAAAAAGCUAUUUCUGAAGAGUUGAAAGCACGUCAAGAAGAAAUCCUGAAAAAUUAUAACCAAUUUUGCAAACUAGUGGGAAACAAGAAUUCAUCUGAGGGUCUUCAGGUUGUUCCAGCUGAGAAGGUCCUACGUUUUUCGGACGACUACUCGAAAUGUCUUGACACUCAAUCGGAUAAACUUCGUUUGAAAAAUAGUUCUAUAAAAAGUACUUUGAAGAAAGUUGAAGAACAGCUGAGGCAAAAGGAAUCUGGCGAUGUGUUAGGUGCUGUCGAUUUUGAACAGAUGAAGAUAGAUAACACUAAAUGUCUUGCAGAAAUCGAUGAAAAAAAUCAUAAUAUUCAGAAAAUGAAAAUAACUGCUGCAAGGACACUUCAAAUCUUAAAUGGAUACAAAAAAAAGUUAAAUGAAGCAUUACAAGAGGAGAAAUACAUUAAAGAAGAACAAAAGCAACGUCGAGAAAUGCAAAAGCGCGUCGAAAGUGAGACCAUCCUAGCGAAGCAGGAAUUACAAUUUGAAAGAACUCUUAACGAAAAAUUCGAGGACCAAAUCUCAUCAUAUCGUGUACCAUCUGUAAUCGAUUUUGUAAAAUUGGUUAGCGAAGAGCGAGAUUUAACACGCAAACAAAAUAUAUACACUCGAAGACUAAAGAUAGCAGAAGUGGAACUACAUUGUCAAAAGAAACUCUGGUUGAAAAAACAACGGAGUAGCCAUAAUGAAACAAUUUAACCGAUGGCGUCAACGGAACAGCUUCACGAUUACUUUUGAAAAUAGAAUUUAUCAGGAUGAUAUUUAUUUAUUUAUUCAUCGUAAUAAACAAAAUAUUGAAACAGAAUUAAUA